CGCCGACGGCGAAAGAAGAAGUGAGUCCAUGCCUAUCUUUCUUGAACAAAUCACCGCAAAGUCACAAAUGAUGCGAUGUUUGAUCUGAAAUUGAACACUGUUUACGUGUGGCUGUGAAGGAGCACAGAUCGAUGGAGGAAAUCAACUUUUCCAUUUCGCAUUGUUYCAUCAACAUUGUUGCUGCCAAAAUCAAACUCAUCGACUGUUUUCGAAAUUUAAUUUUAAGGUUCGCCGUGUCUACUCGAUGGGAGCGUGAAGUAGCACAAAAUGGUCCCGUCAAAGACUUUCAUCGAUACUGGUGCUGUUGUGCACGRCGCUUGGGGAAUAUGUUUGUGUUGUGCGAGCGAACCGAUGGAACUCCUAUUGUUAUUGCCGGACCAUGCUGGCCAUUUUGUACCUUUGUAACAUUACCUCUUAUACUGGCAGUGUCGGCGGCAGUAGCAUAUUUUGUCAUUAUUUCGGACGACUCUCCCUUGGUGAGUUCUAAGUGGUUGGUUCGAUGUUAGGGCGCUGUGAAAUAGAAAAGGGCUAAUUAACGGCGUUCACAGAGAAUGCCACAUGAGGACUCAUUUAUGUUUUAGAUUCGGCUCCGGAAUAUUUUCCGAUUKCWACUGGUAUUUCUGACCUUCCGUGCUUUUUGCUCCCAACGCUCAUCUGGAAUCUUUAAAGCCKAUCUGGGUUGCUUAUAUUUAUUUUCCGGUCGUCGGAUUUGUCCUGGCAUCCUUAUUUUGCGUGAGCUGCCAAGAUCCCGGCUUGAUGGAGAGGGUUACCGAUGAGGAAGCCGGAAAUGGUGGCUGGUUUUGGAACGAACAAGUCGGAAGUUUUCGACCACCAGGUGCUUUGUAUUGCCGGGAAUGCGGUGUCUUGAUACAAGACUAUGAUCACUUGUGCGUAACAUCAUUGCAUUUCUUGGAUUUKUUUGUUUCUCGACUUUGCUUCAUUCAUUUUUUCUUACACGAAUUUAUUUUUGCGAUUUCGUCAUAUCCUUACAGAUGUCCAUGGACAGGCACUGGUGUUGGGCGAAAGAAUAUGAUGGCAUUCAAACUUUUCGUCGUGGGUGUGAACGUUCUGUGCUACUUUAGCAUGAUUCUUGUGAUAGUGGCAUUGUUGCGAGGCUUGCGGUUGGAAAUAGAGGAAGAAGGGUAAG